AUGAAUAUUGUCGAAUGGGCCUUUGGCAAACGCCUAACACCCGCCGAGCGUUUACGGAAACACCAGAGAGCGCUGGAAAAAACGCAAAGAGAGCUGGACAGAGAGAGGGUAAAACUUGAAAACCAGGAAAAGAAGCUGGUCCAGGAUAUUAAGAAGAAUGCCAAAAAUGGACAAAUUGGGGCUUGCAAGAUCCAAGCCAAGGACCUCGUUCGGACCAGAAGGUAUAUACAGAAAUUUUAUUCGAUGAGGACGCAGUUACAGGCAAUUUCUCUCCGAAUACAGACAGUCAGGAGCAAUGAGCAAAUGAUGCAAUCCAUGAGAGGCGCAACAGUACUGCUAGGAAGUAUGAACCGCCAAAUGAAUCUGCCUGCUCUUCAACGAAUUGUCAUGGACUUUGAGAGAGAGAACGAGAUCAUGGAUCAGCGGCAAGAGAUGAUGGACGACGCCAUUGACGAAGCGACUGGACUUGAGGAUGAGGAAGAAGGCGAAGAAAUUGUGAAAGAAGUAUUGGAUGAAAUCGGUGUCGAUCUUGGUCAAGCUUUGGGCGAAACGCCUACUGGUUUGCAAACCGCGGCUGCUCGUGAGGGCCGCGUUGCUCAGGCCGUCGGCAGCGGCGGUGGUGGCGGAAGUGCGGAAGAUGAUGACUUACAAGCGAGGCUCGACAGCCUACGAAGAUAA